ACAGGGAGGGAACCAAGUGGGGGGACAAAUGCCAUUGCUGCUGUCCAUCACAUAGGCCAGGAGCUGCCUCUGAGUUUAGCCUGUGAGCGCGUGGCCUUUACGGGGGAGGCUUAACAGACUGACUGAGAGAGAGAGAGAGAGAGAUAGAGAGAGCACAGACGAGAGAAGAGAAGGACAAACUUCAAAGAUUUUUAUUUCCUCUCCAGCUGGGUUUAGUGUAGUAGGGAGACUGACCAGCUGCAUUUCUUUUUCGUAUUCAGACAUUUUUUUUCUGUUUUUUGAGGAGAGGGCUGGCUUGUGGAGCGGUCUGCCGUAGUGGUGGAACAGACUCUUCUGCUGUAACGCAGUAGAGUUGGGAUAACAAGGGGCUUUUGAAACCCCAUAUGGAGAAAAUGAGGAACGGACAGAAUAACAUGUCAGGAAAAGGCCACGCAGGAUUCCCAGGAGCAAAGGGCGCCGUCGACCGCUUCCAGAGUGCAAAUGUGUUGGAUAACCUUGACAAGAAGAACCUGCCUCUGGGUGCCCAUCUGAGUGGGGCGGCUCAGAACCCUUUUCUCCUGACCCCCGCCAGCCUGCAGCUUGCCCAGCUCCAAGCCCAGCUCACGCUACAGCGACUUAAACUAGCCCAGAGUGCUGUGGGAGGGCACCCUGCGGCCACGGCUGCCUCUGUCCUCAAUCAGGUCCUCUCUAAUGUCACCAUGUCCCAGUCGUUGUUCAACCCCCUCCGGGGGUCAGCCACUAUGGUGAGCGGAUCACAGGGAGGUCAUGGAGGUCAUGCUGGGUUCCCGCCCCCUUCGCUGCCUUUCCCUCCUCCAAAUUCAGCUUUGGGGACACUGGUAGGGGGAGGGUUCCCCCAGAAACCAGGAGGAAUUAGGCACAACCACCCCCCACCAAAUACCAGUCAGGCACCUGGUCUUCAGAAUUAUGGGAAGAAAGGGUCGACAUUUCCCUCAGACAUUGACCAUCAACCCCAGUAUGGCUACCUGGGAGGGGCGUCUGUGGCGCCCAACAAGGGGAAUGAGGGGAAAUAUAAUGCCCAGGCCAAGAGCAACCAGGGAACCUACCAGAGGGAUUACUUUGUUCCAGAUUCUCAGGGUCAAGUGUCUGGUUUUGGGUGUGGAGUAGGUGGAGGUGGAACCAGUGGUCAGACCCUUGAGGCUUAUCCAGGUUCAGCUCAAAAGGAGCCCUGGAAACAUCCAGGGGGGUUUUCCCAUGGUGGGAAGUUGGAUGUACCCCCAGGAGGUGCCGGUGGUGGGGGAGGUGGGGGUAACACCUGGGUACCUGCUGGGCAACAGUUUUGUCCCAGAGUGGAGCUUUACAACCCAGAGGAGCCGACUACUGACCCGAAGUUCAGCCCGGGCGGUCCAGGGUUCGGUGCUGGUGGUGCACAGGGAUUUGUGGGAUACUCACAGCAGCUGCAAGGAGGGGAGGAUAUGAGCAGACUGGUCAGGAGCCCCACCCCACUACAACCCCACCAGUUCAAUGACUUUCAUGCCGUUACACCAACACAGCUGCCACACCAAUGCACCAUCUGUGAGAAGACAGUCUACAACCUAAAGGACUGGGACCAGCACGUGAAAGGAAAGCUCCAUCUGCAGAACCUCGCUCUCUACACGGAAGGCUCGGCAGCUGGAGCCACUCACUAUCCCACGACAUCCGAAGGAUGUCUCAGCACGGCGCUCGCUAGCACCAUGGCAUAUUCCUCUACAGCAAGUCUAGAUGCAUCUUCAGGAACUAUUGCCUCGUAUUUACCAACUGCAGCCAUGAAGUCAUUUCCCCUGUCAGGGGUUGGAUUUACCUCACACCAACCUGGGACAAAGUUCCCCCAGAGAAAACCCUUCCCUGGUCGGGUCGUCCACAUCUGCAACCUUCCUGAGGGCAGUUGCACAGAGAAUGAUGUCAUCAACCUGGGCAUCCCAUUUGGCAAAGUCACCAAUUAUAUUCUCAUGCGUUCCACACAUCAGGCUUUCGUGGAGAUGGCUUAUGUCGAGGCAGCACAAGCCAUGGUCCAGUAUUAUCAGCUCCAACCAGCCACAAUUAACAACCAGAAACUCCUGAUUCGGAUGUCAAAGCGUUACAAAGAAUUACAACUCAAGAAACCCGGAAAGGAUGUUGACUCCAUUAUUCACGAUAUCAACUCUCAGAGAGAAAAAGACGAGACUCAAGAACCUGACCGGUAUGUACCAGAGCGACCAAGGUCCCGCAGCCCAAUUCGAGGUUCCUUAAGCCCACGCUCGCACAGCCCAAGCUUCACAUCGUGCAGCUCCACGCAUAGUCCACAGGGGGCACCCUGCCGGUCUGAAUGGAGCAACGGCAUGGGCCCACGUCGGCCCUCCUGGGACUGGACACCCCAUCCCCGUAGGGAAGAUGAUCGGGAACGGGAACGGGAUCGUGAACGAGAACGGGACGAGGAGCACUGGAGGAAUGGUGAAGAUGACAGGCCCAACGGAAGGCUGCCUGACCGCAGGAAAUCCUACAUGAAAGCUGGGGACCGUAUCAGCCCCAGGACUAUGGAUGACCGGGGUGGCAGAGACUGGUACUGCCGAGGCAGCCCUCAGGGUCCUACAUUCCCCUCCUACAGGGACAUGGAUGACUUCUACAAGAAGGAGCACCCUUACAAAUCAGACAAGCCCUCCAGGCUGCCAUAUCCACGACAUGAACUGAAGACAAAGAGGAGGGAGGCAUCAGACUACCACAAGCCAAGGCACUCAGAGUCUGAGGAUAUGUCUGAGGAACCCAUCCCACCUAGAAGUCCAGAGGACAGAAGGCAAGGAUCACCAGGGAGGGGAAGAAGCAAGAAACAAACCAGAAGACAACCAGCAGAGAAGGACGAGAAAGAUCCAAACAACAAUGGACAACACCAAAGGGAGGAAUCAUCGAAGGAGAGGUCAGUUUCUCCUCCCAGUGUGAGCAAGAAUACAGAUGCUACAGAAGUUGACCAGGACAAAGAGAGUGGGGCUGAAGAGUCGGAGAGUGAUGACACGGAAGGAGAGUCCUGGUACCCAAAGAACAUGGAGGAGCUUGUGACAGUGGAUGAGGUCGGAGAAGAGGAAGACUCUAUAAUUGAGCCUGACAUACUGGAACUUCAGGAAGAGUCUCUCAGAGAGGAGACUUCAUCUGCAGGCCUGACUGAGGCCAAACUAGACUCCAACCCAACAGCGUCCUUGGAUACACAGAGAGGGGAUAGCCAGGAUGGCUCCCCUCCUCGGGAAGACCCUGAGGAUGCCCCGGCAGCCACUUCUCCCAAGGAAACCAAAGAGGACAAAAGCACAUCAGAGCCUCACAGCUCAGACCUCAAUCACUUCCCCAAUCAGGAGUUUAAGGUUGCCUUGGAGGAGACAUGCUCCACACCAGACAUGAGUGGUGCUGAAGCUCCCAAAUCAGCACCAGACUGCCUUUCAAACCACAAUGGCGAAUGUGACUCUGCCAAGCCCGCAGAGCCAAACAGGGAUGUUGACACAGGAAAGUCCGGUCAUGUGACUGAGAAUUUACACAAAGACACACAGAUAAAGGAGGAUGGCCAGUGCCAGAGGAAAGACCUCAAUUCAGUACAUGGUCAUUCUCCACUUCGGAUAGACACUGAGGCCCCUUCGCCAUCCCGGGAACAAGAAAAAGUGAUCAAUGAGCACAGUAUACCACUGGGUGUGGAGUUUAUUGUGCCUAGAGCAGCCUUCUACUGUAAACUGUGUGGGCUCUUCUACAGCAGUGAGGACGUGGCCAAAACAACACACUGCAGAAGCACCGUUCACUAUAGGAAUCUCCAGAAAUACUUGUCUCAGCUGUCAGAGGGGAGCCUACUCAUUGGCCAGAUGGACACGUUUGGCUCAGAAUGAUGACUUGGCACUGGCAGGGAAUGGAUGAUGACUGCACGCGUUCAGCUUCGGAAUGAAUAUCGAGACAAGAAGAAGGGACGAGACAGGGAGGACAGGAUGAUCAAUAGCGUUGGCGGGUGGUAGUCAGAAAAUGAUAUGGGAGAGAGAGAGAGAGAGAGAGAGAGAGAGAGAGAGAGAGAGAGAGAGGGGGAGGGGGAGAGAGAGAGCGAGAGCGAGAGAGAGAGAGAGAGAGACAGACAUCAAGAGGCCUCCAACAUCUCACCUAGUGAUGAGAUAACUCAGGUGAAGCGAAAGUGCAAGCACUGAGCAUGACAAAUAACACCCAGAGCUGGACACACGAAUGUAAAAUUACUAUAGCAUUACAACCGCACAAUCACUCACACAAUAACAUCGUUUUGAGUAAAACAUUUGUGUAAGCGUAGUAAAACAAAGAGAUGAGUGUCUUUAGAGAGCUUCUGGUGCCUUAUACCAUGCAAUGAGUAUAUUGUAUAGCACUGAAUGAGAAUUCUUGCAAGUUUCAGGAAAAACAAAUAUAUUCUUAUUUUUACGAGGAUAUUAUAUUGUGUAUGUACAUACACAAUACGUGAUACAAACAUCUAGUGGCUUGCUGAAUGCCUAAAUUACCUAAAUUAGCUUAAAGUGUCAAGGCCUUUAAUACUAUUUGUUGUGUCAACUUUGAAGACAGGCACAAAAGUAUCCUCAGGUAGUUCUCUAAUUUUGUUAAAUACUUGUGAAUACAUUUUGAUGCAAAUAUUUCUUCAAAUACUUUGUACCUGGAUUGUAUAGACUGUCAUUUCGUAAUUUGUUCUGUUUUAUGGGGUGGCGUUUAUUUCAUUGCUGUUAUCCACAUGACUGUACUGUCUGUACUGUUAUCAGAUUUGGCUGUUCAAGUAAUUCCCACUAUCUAUGCUGGCUCCUUCCUUAUUCUGUAUUAAAUUAAGUACCUAAGCAGCUUUAAACUAAAAUCGUUGUCCAACUGACAGAAGACACUCAUUGCCUGAGGGCUGUACUACGAAGGGAGUUUAACCUACUCAGAUUUAACCUAGGGUUAUGAGGGAAGUCAGGGUUGACAAACCCUGUUUGCCUAAAUUGGUGUUAAAUGUUGCAUGCUCACAUAAAAGGGGAACGUUCGCACCAAUCAACCUCAGCAAUCCUAUGACAAAAUGUAAGCAGAGUCUAUGCAUAUUGAAAUCAGACCAUUAUUACUAUAUUAUAUUGCGAAUUACCUGCAAUCUCAUAAAAAGCUUCUUUGAUAUUUAGAGUGCUGAAAUGGCCAAAGGAACACAACAAAUGCAUCCAUCGGUUUAGCGAGAGCAAGUGGCUCAACUGCACGGCAUACAGUAGCCUAUUCUUGCUCAGAUGUUCAACAUUACCUUUGGAAUAAGGCCUAUAUGAAGUCUCCGCAGGCCAUGCAAGGAAGGCGUCCAACAGUGCCUUGCAUUACUCCGGCGACUGGCAUUGGACGUAUCUGGCCCUAGCAGUUGCCAGUAAUGAAUAGUGAAUAUAGCGAAUUCACUUAGAUGAAAAUUGAUAUCUUUCACAGAGAACAUAAUCGGGAUAAGCUUUUUGACGGUCUUUACACAUCCUCGCCCAAUGUCGAUGAAGAGGAGGGUGAAGUGGGUGAAGAGGCGGUGCUUACAUAGAGUAACAUCGAGUUAAACACGAACGUAACCCGCUCGGAGCAGUGCAUAGAUGCAACGUAAAUAGCCAUGACAGCAUACCUCAAGUAAAACAUAUCCACCUUUCGUAGUAAGGGUUAAUUGGGAAGUUACUCCUGAAGGUAUCUGGAUAAACCAGUAACCUCGCUUCGUACAGCCCUCUGGAGCGCCCAGAAUUUGCUUGCUAGUGAAAGGCUAAUAAACACUGCAGCCAUGACAAUAAACAAACACAAAUUCUAAGUCAUAUCUCAGUAAAGAUAAUAAUAAGAUGCAAGAGUCACUGUCACCAUUUUGUGAGCCAGCUAGGCUACUUGAUUUCCACAUCCUAUAUUUGUUUUCUUGCGGUUAAUUUAAAAUGAUGUCAUAAUCUGGACAGUGCUUUAACUGUAGAGAUACUUGAACUGGACCAUGCAUUUUUUUUUUUUUAAACAAAAAACAUGCUACAAAAAUAAUUUAUUUAGUGUAAAUGAGUGAGUAGCUGCUGGAGAGUGCCUUGUUGAAGUUUUAUAUACUGUGAAUACUAAUGUAGGUGUGACAGAGACUUCCUUUUGUUUUGAUGGUCAUUUUGGUAUUUGAUGUUUGGAAGCAAGUGAAUAAACUUUUUUUUUUGAACAUCCCA